AUGUUUUUAUACAAACCAAAAGUAAUUUCUACUACUUCUUCAAAUGAAAAAGAAGAAAUCAUAAAUUCAGUUUCUGAAGAAAUUUAUCAAAGACUUUAUGGAAGACGUCUUUCUUCUUGCUCUUUUAGAAAUAAAAGUAUUGAAAACAGUUUAUAUACACUUCCUCAAAAUGAAGAGCUUGAGUUAAAAUAUUUAUUAAAAAAAACAGACUAUUUUGAACGUAAGUUCAAAAUCAAAAUUCAAAAUGAGACGCUAUUUUAUUUAUAUAAUGAUUCAUGGUAUAAAACAUUCUUUCAAAUAAAACGUGAUGAAAUUAUCAAACAAUGGGAAGAUGUUAAAGAAGGAGAAGUAAUCAUUACUUCUCAAAGAUUUGUUUUUGUUUCAAAUUCAUGUGAAACAAAACAAAAUGUUUAUGAUAUUCCACUUGGAGUUUUAUUUUCACUAUCAAGUUCAAGUGGGUAUAUUACAAUUGAAUUAAAUCCAUUCUAUUCUGCAUUGUAUAAUGAAACCAUUUAUUUCCAAGCUAGUAAGUCAGUGUGUGAUAUUAUUUCAACAGAAAUUAAUGAUAUUCGUUUUGGUAUUCGUUUUGGACAAGAAUCAGCAACAGCUUUCAUCCAAAACACAGAAAGUUUUGUUUAUUUAUUUAAUUUUUAUAAAACAAAUAUUAAUCAUAUAGGAUAUGAUCAAGAGUUAUAUUAUAAUCCAAACUCUAAAUAUUUCAAAGUAUAUCAAAAUGAUAAUUAUGAAUUAUGUGAUACUUAUCCAAAAAAUUUAAUUGUCCCAGUUAAAAUUACAGAUGAUAUUAUUAAGAAAUGUGCUGAGUUUAGAUCCAAAAAAAGAAUACCAAUUUGUACUUACUUUAAUCAAGUUACUCAUGGAGCUAUAUAUCGAUGUUCUCAACCACUAGUAGCUAAUUCUUCCUAUUUUAUUGGAGUACUAAAAGACAGUGUUUCAAAAGAAGAUCAAGAAUUUUUAUCAGAAAUUAGAAUUCUUGGUAAAAAUGAUGAUGCUAUUUUAUAUAUUUUUGAUUGUAGACCAGUAACAAAUGCAUAUGCAAAUAGAGUAAACGGUGGAGGAUAUGAAAAUACAAAUGCUUAUAAAAAGACUCAACUUAAGUUUUUAAAUAUUCCAAAUAUUCAUACUGUUGUUGAUUGUUUUACUAAAAUGAGAAAUGCUCUCUUUAGUCGUGAUACCCUUACACCUCUUUCAUAUUAUCGAGAUACAUCAGAAUGGUUAGACCUUUUGUUUGGAUUAGUAAGUGCUGUAAUUGAUGUUGUUUCUCUUAUCCAAAAAGGAGAAACAAUCUUAGUUCAUUGUAGUGAUGGAUGGGAUCGAACAGCUCAAAUAUCAUCUUUAUGUAGAUUAAUACUUAGCAAAGAAUAUAGAACAACAAAAGGGUUUUGUGAUUUAAUAUAUCAAGAAUGGAUAUCUUCUGGUCACCAAUUCCAAAAAAGGCUUCAUAAUAAAACAAAUGAAAAUUCUCCUAUUUUUCUUCAAUUCAUUGAAGUUACUGCUCUUUUUUUAAGACACUCACCACAGGCAUUUCAAUUUAAAGAAGACUUUUUGGUAAAAAUAGCAGAAGAAGCAACAUGUCCAACAACAAUAACAUUUGUUAGAAAUUGUGAAAAGGAAAGAAGUGCUUUAAGUUGUGACAAUUAUUUAGAAUUCUUUACUCAAGAAUUAAAACAUUAUCCAACAUCUUUUGAUUAUAAUAAAUUAGAACCAAUUGAUUUAAAAUUUAAUGUAUACGAGUAUGUUGUAUGGGAUAAAUAUUAUUUACGUGAAACAAAAGUUAUUAUUCAUUAA